AUGGCUACAGAAAAGAUUAGUGUGUACAAUCUCGCAGAUCUCAAAAACACCUCCGAUGAUGCGCUCCCCAACUACCUCAACUCCCUCAAAUUCAAGCAAUCUCACUUCCUAACCGACGUGCGACUGGCCCUCGGAUACGGCGCAUUCCUCAUCGCAGCCGCCUGUUUCGGAUGGGACUACAAAUUCGGCUUCGAAAACACGAAAUACUACACUGCCGGAGCAGUCGCCAUAUACGCCCUGCUCAAUGGCUUCCUUACCUUUUGGAUGUCGAUGGUAGAAAAGGGAACUGUCUACCAAGGAAAGGCUCCUUCAGGGGAACAGAUUACAAUCCGCACAAAUACCAAGAAGAACGACCCGACGUACUACGUAACCGUCAUAGUCGAGGGCAAAACCGGCGAACCUCAAUCCAUUGAGGUCUCAAAAUCCUUUGCGUCAUGGUUUGACGAGACGGGCCGCUUUGUUCCCAAGCCGUUUCAGGAAUUCCUGGCUACGUCUGUGCCGGCUAUCGGCAAGCAGGACCCCAAGAAGGUCAAGUCUGCGUCGCAAGAUGUGUAUGGUGCGAACCCGGACGUUUUAGAUGCCAUGUUGGCGGGGGCUGGGGAGGGUAAUUCUACGGGUGCUGAUGCUGCUGAGAAGAAGGGCAAGCGGAGAAAGGCUUAA